GUAAACAGUGUUUGUCCCUGUCUUUUGAUGUGCGUCCUUCAGGUCUUGUCCAGCACCAAAGACGCCUGCUUUGCCUCUGCAGUGGAAACAUUACAACAGAUCAGCACAACGUUCACCCCGUCAGACAAGCUGCAGGUGAUCCAGCUCACCUUUGAGGAGAUCACGCAGGAGGUUCAGGCGCUGCUGAAACAGGACUUCCUGUGGUCCAUGGACGACCUCUUCCCCGUCUUCCUCUACGUGGUGCUGCGUGCACGGUCGGCCCCAAACCACACCCAUCACGCACGAAAACACACAUAUAAAGAUGAGGCCGCAGAGAAAAUAUUCUCUUAUU